CGCGCAAGGCGGGGCGACUCCCCUGAAUCCGAGGCGCGCAAUAAAAAGCCCGCUGCGAUCCUGAGCGCGGUGUUUGGAGAGUCGCGCGCGCCUUCGUGCACAAAAAGCCCGUUUCGAUCAGCACCAUGGAGAGCUCGAGUAUCGCCGCGCGCGCUCUGCUGCUCCUGCUCGUAUUAAUGCUGCGGAGUUGUGCGCGAGGAGACAACGAGGACACCGAAGUGGACUUGGAUACAAGAGCCAUCCGAGACUUCUAUCCGAAAGACCCCAAUCUGACCAGCGAAAAACAGCUGCUUGGCGCUUUGCAUGAUGUUCUGGAAAAGCUUCAGAUGAAAAGAAUUCCUCCUUGGGAGAAGAAAUUUGGGCAGGUUCCUAUGUGCGACGUGGGAGAGCAGUGCGCAAUCCGUAAAGGCUCCAGAAUUGGAAAAAUGUGCGACUGCCCACGAGGAGCCUUCUGCAACUUUUUCCUUCUGAAAUGUCUGUGAGGAGGAAGGCAACUUCUUGUAGCGGCUCAAAUUGAUGUAUUCAAUUUAUUUGUAUAGAUAUUUUUUUAAGUGCAAGAACACGCUGAAGAGAUGUGUGUGUGAGUCUACAGUCCUGUUCAUCUGUUCAUGCACUGCACGCCUAUAAUAAUGUCAUGAAUAUGUAACAUGUCUGUUAUGUGUAUUAAAGUGCAACGUACAUUUUUUUGUAAA